UUAGCUUGUAUCCAACAGAGCUUGGCACUUGAUUCCACCCACACACAGAGAGAGACUACAGCGAGGGUUCCACAACAAUUCUUCACGAGCCGAUGGGUAUCAUCGGCGUCCUCUGCACGGCCAUCCUGCUCCUCGCCGGCCUCGCGUGGUGUGGUGUGCUCGUCGCCACCGCCGGUGGGGUGGACGGCGUGUUCAACGUCGAGGACUACGGUGCUCUAGGCGACGGGACCACGGACGACACCAAGGCGUUCGUGGAUGCAUGGGCGGCGGCAUGCGACGCCACUGGCUCGUCGGCGACGCUGCUCGUUCCGGCGGCGAAGUCAUUCCUGGUCGGCCUCAUCAGGUUCAAUGGUCCAUGCGCCUCCACCAGAAUCACCGUCCAGGUCAUGGGCACGAUUACUGCGCCGCCGGCGAGCGCAUGGAGCGAGAAGAAGAACCAUUGGCUGAUGUUCUACCUGGUCGACGGGCUCACGGUUACCGGCAACAGCACCGGCUUGCUGGACGGCAGAGGCCAGACGUGGUGGGUCGAUAAAUGCAAAGCCGAUAAUGAUGAUUGUGUGGUUAAGGCACCGACGGCCUUGGUGGUCAUGAACUGCACCGACGUGGAGCUGAGCCAAUUCAGCAGCAAGGACAGCCCGCAGAUGCACAUCGGGCUCAGCAUUAGCGGCAAGGUCAACGUGACGCAGCUCACCAUCACCGCGCCGGAGGACAGCCCCAACACCGACGGCGUCCACGUCGACCGGAGCGAAGACGUCCACAUCACCGGUUCGACCAUCGGCACGGGCGACGACUGCAUCUCCAUCGGCCCCGGGAGCCGCUUCGUCACCGUCGACGGAAUCGUCUGCGGCCCCGGCCAUGGUGUAAGUGUGGGGAGCCUGGGCAGGGAGGGCGCAAACGUGACCGUGGAGUACAUCGACGUGAUAAACGUCCAGUUCAUCAACACGACGAACGGAGCAAGGAUCAAGACGUGGCAGGGCGGGGGAGGUUACGCCAAGUCCAUCUCGUUCACCAACAUAAACUUCACCAACGUGGACCAUCCGGUGAUCAUCGACCAGUUCUACGAAGAUCAGGGGCACGUCUCUCAUAAGGGGGCGGUGGCGCUGAGCAACAUAACGUACACGAACCUGAACGGGACUUCGACGGAGAAGACGGCAGUCGAUUUCUACUGCAGCCAGAGCGGCAGCUGCACCGAUAUCCAUGUCAACUCCGUGGCGAUCACGGCGGCGGACGGUGGACGUACCGUGGCCCGCUGCCAGAACGCGCAGGUGGACACCUCCGGGUACGUCUACCCCAAGAUCCCUUGCGGAGCUAACGCCCCGGCGCCCAGCCCAGACAAUGGAAAGUAGUAACUCUA